GCGAAAGAGGACCCCGCCGCGACCGCGUCCCCUCGGGUCCUUGAGCCGGUGCGAGCCGCGGAGCCAUGGCCUUGAGGCUGCUGAGAAGAGUGGUCCCCGCGUCGUCGGCGGCGCGAGGCCUGGCGGCGGUACCCCAGCGCGUGGAAGGAAUUCAUACAGGCGUCCGGUGCAGGCUGCGCUACGGCCCUUUGGCAUACAUACUUGGCGAAAGGACAACCAAGAAAUUCACAGAACGCAGCAAAGUGAUAACCGUAGACGGCAAUAUAUGUUCUGGAAAAGGCAAGCUUGCGAAAGAAAUAGCAGAGAAAUUAGGCUUAAAGCACUUCCCUGAAGCCGGGAUCCACUACGCGGACAGCACCACAGGAGAUGGGAGGCCCCUGGACGAAGAGCUCAGUGGCAGCUGCAGCAUUGAGAAGUUUUACGAUGACCCGAGAAGUAAUGACGGCAACAGCUACCGCCUGCAGUCCUGGCUGUACGCCAGCCGCCUCCUGCAGUACUCGGACGCCCUGGAGCACCUGCUGAGCACAGGACAAGGUGUCGUACUGGAGCGUUCCAUCUUCAGCGACUUUGUUUUCCUGAACGCGAUGUAUAACCAGGGAUUCAUCCGGAAGCAGUGUGUGGAGCACUACAGCGAGGUGAAGAAGGUCACCCUCCCUGAGUACCUGCCUCCCCACGUGGUCGUCUACAUCGACGUGCCCGUUCCAGAGAUCCAGAGUCGCAUUCAGAAGAAAGGAAACCCGCAUGAGAUGAAGGUCACGGCAGCCUACCUGCAAGACAUCGAGAACGCCUACAAGAAGAGCUUCCUGCCUGAGAUGAGUGAGAAAUGUGAGGUUUUACAGUACAGUGCAAAGGAAGCUCAAGAUGCGGAAAAGGUGGUGGAGGACAUCGAGUACCUCAAGUACAACAAGGGGCCGUGGCUCCAGCAGGACGACCGGACCCUUCACCACCUGCGGAUGCUGGUACAGAAUAAGCUGGAGGUGCUGAAUUACACAACCAUUCCCAUCUAUCUCCCAGAAGUCACCAUCGGAGCUCACCAGAGUGACCGCACCUUCCAGAAAUUCACAGAGCUGCCAGGACGCAGGUACUGCCCUGGGUACAACGCGGACGUGGGCGACAAGUGGAUCUGGCUGAAGUGACGGACCUUCCGCGGCCUGCAUCACGGUGACAAGGACACUUCCAGUCUGCCUCACUUGUGGGGUCCCUGCAGCUUAUCCGGGGCAGGGCUGGGUGACCCCAACGUGGCCCAGUGGGGGGGGGAGUCAGGGAGCCUCUUGCCUUUAGAAGGCCUGGGAAGCUGAUCGCUUGGGAACGACCCAUAAUCACCACCCGGAAAACAAAUCUGCUGUUAGAGACCAGCUGUCACUAGAAUGCCCUCGCCUUGUAGUUGUGUUGUGCUCAGUAUCGUGCAGAUUUUGUACCUGCUGCCUUCAGACUUCAGGACAUAAAAAUAAAACCGUUUCCCUGGU